CCGGGGAAACUAAAAUAAAGUUAUUGAUUAAAAUAUCGCUGAAAGUAUCUUAAACAACAUGCAUAACUUGUGCAGAACGUUAAACCGAUUACGGUUGCAUACGUGCGAUCGUUCUCUUGCAUUUAACCGCGUUUUAACGGCAUCGAAAAGCACAACAACGAGUACGACCCAACGGCAACCGGCAGCUGAAUCCAAUGUUCCGAAGGAAAAGAUUAUCAUACCGACCCGAAUCGAACGAAGUCCAACCGACAUCCUGAUGGCCCUCUCCGCUACCGUUGGCUAUGAUCCAACGGCACCGCACUACAAGUACCACGACGAUCCGUACCUAAUACCGACGUCUAAUGCGAACAAGAAAACGUUCGCGCUGGCACAGGAGGCCGGCCGGAAGGCUGCCCACUGGAUACGGCAGGAAAACGCGAAACUAUUCCAGCACCAGGAGGCCGACCCACCGAUUCAGGCAUUUGUACCCACGAUGCUGUACACCGAGGAAAGCCAGGUGGAAACGACCGAUCUGCAGAAAUUAAUCGACAGCGUGGAGGUGAAGGACGCAAUUCUGGUGUACAAUCUGCUGAAGAAGAACGGCAUAGAGGUGAGUGACGAGCUGAAGCAACAGAUGCUGGAGUUGCUGUGCUUCUACAACCACGAGGACACGCUCCCGGAACAGUUCAUCGAAGAGCGCUGGUUCCGACAGGGCACGGUCGGACGUGAAAGGCAAAGAAAAACGUGGAAAGACUUUGAACUGGCGGAGGAAAUUUUCCACGGUCUCGGAGAAAAACGUUCCGAACACUACUGUGCUAUGAUCCGCGGGAUGGCCCGUUACUUCCAGGUCGAGAAAGCGUGGGCUUUGUACCAGGAAACGGUCGAAAAGGGCAUCGAACUGGAUACGAAUACGUUCAAUAGCUUACUACACAUAGCAUCGUUCCUGAAGGAAAGCUACGACAAACGGUGGGAUCUCGUGUGCGAAGUGCUGACCGCAAUGAAACAGCAGGGCCUCCGACCGAAUCUGGGAACUUUGAAUGGUAUCCUGCAGACCAUCACCACCAUCGGCGGGUACAACCAUCCGCGAACGUACGCGUUGAAGACGCUGGCAGAGUUUAAAAAACUCGGCAUCGAACCGUCACUCGCCAGCUGGUAUUACAUGCUGGUCAUCUUUUGCCGGGAGCGUGGACCCGUUAGCCACGUGCUGCACGACAUCAUGAACGAGGUUGAGGGUAAAGCGUUCAACAUACAGGACCCAAAGGAUACCUUCUUUUUUGUGACGGCCAUGGACGUAUGCCGGAACCAUCUGCACGACAAGGAGUUGGCGAAGCGGGUCAACCAGUUGCUUCAUCAUGGCGAUAACUAUAACCUAAUCGGAGACUCGUACAAGGAGUCAAUCUACUACCGACAUUACUUCACUCUGCUUGCCACGACAGAACCGUUGGAAAGCUUCCUGGAAACAUACCACCUACUCGUACCAAACGUGUACAUUCCGGAACCGUCGGUAAUGGAGGACAUUCUCAAGUCGGUCGAAAUGAACACCGCCAUCGAGCACGUGCCGCUGCUGUGGUCCCAUAUGGUUCAGUUCGAUCAUACCGGACGCGAAAAUCUAGUCAACCUUCUGCUUCACAUUAUGGUCUCCAACCAACCGGUGGCCGACGAGCCCAGGCAUGCCGAUCUGGUGCAGCGCUUCGCCAACAUUGGCUGGGAUCUUUAUUCGCGCAUGGAAGAACGAGCCGCCGCUCCGCGGGCCACCUCGUCCGGACUAUCCGGGCCGAUGCUGGGCGAUAUUCUGUUGCUGUGUGCGCGUGCCAACGACUAUGAGAAAGCGAUGGGAAUCUUCACGAAGCUUAGCAAGGACCAGAACUCGGUAAUCGGCGAGGCACGUGUUGAUGGAUUGGGAGAGUUUAUCAACCUUUGCAUAAGCAACCGGACGCCCUCGAUGGCGAUUCAGUGCCUGCAGUACUGUAGCGAGAACGGUUACCCGGAAAGUGCUGAGCUAGGGCGGCACAUUUUCAGCUCCUUUGCACUCGAUCAAAAUCAGGUGGCGAAAAUCAAAAGUUUGGUAGGCGCGGAAGCGGUGAAACCGAUCAAUUAAAGUAGAAUCAUAAUUGAUAGGCCACGAGUCUUGAAUAAUAAAUGAAUCAUUAUA